CUUGCAAACAAAAACCCUAUGAUGACAUACGUCAGCUAAAAGUCAACGUCUGCGGCGAACGUCAAAUAGUACAAGCGUCAACAUAAACAACAGCACUGGAAAACGGAAAAGACGCGCUGCAAUACAUUUUUCUUUGCUUUCCCUUGAGCAUUGCCUGAAAAACGAGAAUAAUGGCUUUCGAUUCAAUUCCAAAGGAUCUGCGGGCGUUGCGAGCAUGCUUAGUGUGUUCGAUGAUUAAGUCAUUCGAUCAGUUCGAAACGGAUGGCUGUGAUAACUGCGAGGACUUCCUACGGAUGAAAAAUAACCGCGAACAGGUUUACGAUUGCACCAGCAACAAUUUUGAUGGGAUGAUUGCGGUUAUGAGUCCGGACGAUAGCUGGGUUUGCAAGUGGCAACGAUUAAGUCGCUUCACGAAAGGAAUCUACGCAAUAUCUGUUUCUGGAAAACUGCCCAACAGCAUAAUCCGGGAAAUGAAGAAUCGUGGAAUACCAUACCGACCGCGCGACACGAGCCAGCGAUAGAUUUUAUACGAUUUCUUUUGUAUUUUAUAAUAAAACGAAUCAUUUAGGUAAGAAACAAUUCAUGGUAUAAAUAAACGAAAAUUGUGACGCUUA